AUGGGCGUCAAGGGGACCGUUAAUCCGGAGGAGAACUUUGAGCCUCCCACCUUUACCAUCAAGGAGCUGCGCGACUGCAUUCCCAAGCACUGCUUUGAGCGCGAUACCCUGCGCUCCUUCAGCUAUAUCUUCUACGACCUAUGCGGUGUUGCGUUCCUAUGCUACUGCGCCUCGCACAUUUCGAUGCUUCCUGCGAUUCUUCGCUUGCCUGCCUGGAUCGCGUACUGUAUCUGCCAGGGUGUCGUCUGUACUGGUAUCUGGGUCAUUGCUCAUGAAUGUGGACACGGAGGAUUCUCGGCCGACAUAGCCACCAACAACAUCACGGGCUGGGUCUUGCACUCGGCGCUUCUGGUCCCGUACUACUCAUGGAAGUACUCGCACUCACAGCACCACAAGAACACCAACAACAUGACCCGCGACGAGGUAUUCGUUCCCCGCACAAAGGCGUACCGUGGUCUGGAGGGUAAGCCCUCGACGCCGGCAUGGGUGGAGGACUCUAUCUUCGAGGAGACGCCCAUAUACCACCUGUUCAAGGUUGUCCUGCAGUCGCUUUUCGGCUGGCCCAUGUACUUGUUCUGUAACUCCUCCGGGCCCAAGUACGCCCGCGGAGCCUCGCACUUCAACCCGAACUCGGUUCUCUUCAAGCCCGAGAACUACUGGAACAUUUUCAACAGCGAUGUUGGCAUUCUGAUCACGGUCAGCGUUCUUGCUUACUUUAGCUAUGUGUACUCGGCUGCCACCGUGUUCUUCUACUAUGGCGGGCCCUACCUGGUUGUUAACUUCUUCCUGGUCACCAUUACGUUCUUGCAGCACACCGACGCAAAGGUCCCGCACUACAACGAUGACAGCUGGGACUUUAUGCGCGGCGCUCUGUCAACCGUUGAUCGCGACUACGGAUGGGCCCUCAAUGUGUGCUUGCACCAUAUCAAUGACACACAUGUUGCGCACCACGUUUUCUCGCAGAUGCCGCAUUACCAUGCAGUGGAGGCCACGAAGCAUCUGAAGAAGAAGCUGGGCAAGCAUUAUCACUACGACAACACCAACUUUUUGGUCUCACUGUACAAGACCUACAAGCACUGCCAGUUCGUCGAGGAAGCCGGGUCUAUUCUGUUCUUUAGAAACACCUCGACCCCUGCUAUCAAGUCGACUUGA